AAUCGGGACAUACUAGAUAGCAGCACUCGUUAUUCAUUCGCGUCAUUCGUAAGACUUCCAUGAAUUCCAUCCUUAAGAAUAAUCUAUUUGCACAUUAUAAUUAUUUACAUCCGUUUGUAAAUAACCAAUAUAAAAAAGUUUUUCAAUAUCGUCCUAUGGUCACUGUGCACAAUGAUAUAGAUUGGCUGUAAUCAAAGCUUGGUUUCCAGUGCGUCCUUGCUGUAACCUUAACCCUGUAACUUUGACAAAUGUCGUUAAGAAGCAAUUACGUUCCCUAUUAAGAUUGUAUUACGUAACCUUAAUAAAAUUGACUGUUUUUUUAUAUAAAAAUGAAAACAUCUGAAAUAACGAUUAGCUUUAAAACAUUUCGGAAGCUGAGCAUUGCUGAUGGAGUUGUGAAAUUCUGAAGGUGGUAUACAACGCCCAAACACACUUUAUACACACCCCUGGGCACCACUGGCUCUGGGCACGCCCUCUGAUCACGUUUGUUCUGGGGGGCGGGACGGGGUGGGGCCGAAUCUCAUUUAUAUAUAAGACAGCUUUGAAUACUUUGCUUCCCGUUAAAAAUAAAACAGAUGUUUCUUUGUCUCUAGUUAGCAACCUAUUAACACUUUCUCUAGGAACACCAUUCAAAAUUUUCGUGCCUUUUCACUUCUUAAAAUAGGUGAGUGUGCAUGUGAAAAGUCUGAAAAGCUGGGCGUAACUAAAGUGAUUACGAACUAUCCUCACCUACACUUUGAUUUUACCCGUAAAAACGACAAGUUCGUUAUAAUUUGUAUUCCAUUUCAAAGUGUAUUACCUCUUGUUCAUCUUGCUGUCUUAAUUUUCGAAUGACAUCGUUCUUUGGACUUUAACCGCUUGCCUGAAAAAGCGGGUUUAUUUGAGGCGCCUACUAGAAUUAUUUCUGUCGGUGAUAUUUAUUGAGUAUGGCCACAUAUUUUCGUCGAGUAAUAAUAGGAACUGUGGCUAUUGGAUCAGGAGUAUAUGUAGUAUCCAGUCUGACUAAUGAUGAAAAGCCAUGGGCUCAAGUACAUGCUGCAUCACAAUGCCGACCCAAAAGGCCAUUGCCAUCCCGAGAUGAACAAAUUGCAUCCCUGCAAAAGGAAAAAUUUGAUAUCUUGAUCAUAGGUGGCGGUGCCACUGGAGCAGGAUGUGCUCUUGACGCAGCCACUCGAGGUUUGAAGACAGCAUUGGUAGAAGCAGAUGAUUUUGCAUCUGGAACCAGCAGUCGAAGCACUAAAUUGAUUCAUGGAGGAGUUCGCUACUUACAAAAAGCCAUAAUGCAAGCAGAUGUAGAACAGUAUCGAAUGGUGAAAGAAGCUCUCAGAGAGAGAGCCAACAUGUUAGAAUCUGCUCCUCAUCUUACACGACCUUUACCAAUAAUGUUGCCAGUAUACACAUGGUGGCAAGUACCUUACUACUGGGUUGGCAUAAAAAUGUAUGAUAUUGUUGCUGGAUCCAAAACUGUUCGCAGUUCCUACCUUCUUUCUAAACGGCGAGCUUUAGAACUUUUUCCUAUGCUUAAAGGAGAAAAACUACGUGGUGCAAUUGUGUAUUAUGAUGGUCAGCAAGAUGAUGCAAGAAUGAACCUUGCAGUUGCCCUGACAGCUACUCGUUAUGGAGCAACAAUUGCUAAUCAUGUACAAGUAUUGUCUCUUCAUCAUAAAACAGAAAAUGGCAAAAGAGUAGUUGCAGGAGCUCGUGUUCGGGAUGAAAUGACAGGAAAAGUAUUUGAUGUGUGCGCAAAAUGUGUUAUCAAUGCCACUGGUCCAUUCACUGAUUCCAUUCGAAAGAUGGAUGAUGUCAAGGUGAAGGAAAUUUGUUCGCCAAGUUCUGGUGUGCAUAUAGUGCUCCCAGGUUAUUAUAGUCCAGAUCAAAUGGGUCUUCUGGAUCCUCAGACAUCUGAUGGGCGAGUCAUCUUCUUCCUUCCAUGGCAAAAACACACUAUUGCUGGCACUACUGACAUGCCUUGUGAGCUGACUCACAAUCCUAAACCCACUGAAGAAGAGAUUCUAUUUAUUUUGGCAGAAAUAAAGCACUAUCUUAAUUGUGAUGUUGAAGUGCGGCGUGGUGAUGUCUUGUCUGCUUGGAGUGGGAUUCGACCAUUAGUAUCAGAUCCAAAUAAGGCUGAUACCCAGUCUCUUGCACGAAAUCAUAUUGUUCAUGUUAGUGACAGCAAAUUGGUUACAAUUGCUGGCGGGAAGUGGACUACUUACCGAGAAAUGGCUGAACAAACUAUUGAUGCUGCAAUUGAAGCAUGUCAACUGAAGCCUGUGCAGAACACUUCACAGACUUGGGGUUUACAAGUUGAAGGUGCCCAUGGAUGGACUCCAACAAUGUACAUUCGCCUUGUUCAAGACUUUGGUCUUGAAUCAGAAGUUGCACAAAAUUUAGCAAAUGCAUAUGGUGACCGUGCUUUCUCUGUUGCGAAAUUAGCUCAGCUAACAGGCAAACGGUGGCCAAUAAUUGGUUGUAAAUUGCAUCCUGAAUAUCCAUACAUUGAUGCAGAAGUACGUUAUGCAUGUCAGAAAGAAUAUGCUCGUACUGCUAUUGAUGUAAUCGCUCGUCGGUUACGACUUGCUUUCUUGAAUUCUGAAGCUGCCCAAGAAGCAUUGCCUGGCAUAGUAGAGAUUAUGGCAGAAGAGCUGAACUGGAAUGAAGAGGAGAAAAAGAAACAAAUUAGUCUUGCUUCGGUCUUUCUUCAAGAAGAGAUGGGCCAUAAAAUGAAUAAAGUGUCACGGGAAAAGCUUCCUAUAAAUUUGAGUGCAGAUGAAGUUCAGACUUACAUCAAACGUUUUCAGAUCAUUGACAAAGAGAAGAAAGGUUAUAUUUCCAUCAAUGACAUUCGUAGAAGCCUUAAGCAUUCUGGUGACGAGGUCUCGGGAGAACAAAUUCAUGAGAUUUUGAAAGAGAUAGACACAAAUAUGAAUGGACAAGUGGAAUUGGAUGAAUAUUUACAGAUGAUGUCUGCAAUUAAAUCUGGUCAUGUAGCAUACUCCAGAUUUGCUCGCAUGGCAGAAAUGGAAGAAGCACAUUAUGAGAAAAUUAAAAAGAAGAUUACUGUUGAACGAAGUGGUGGUGGCUUGUAGACUAUUGCAGUUUUGCCCUUUAUUAAUGGUGGUGUAUGUCAGUGAGCAAAUACUCCAUGGGUUUGAUAUCUCCACUGUCAUUGGUUAAAUGCUAUUUUGUGAUAAUUUAGAAACUUCCUGCAUCCUAUCUUGUUUGUUCUGUUCUCAACAAAAUUGUGUUGAAACUUUCUCAGUAGAUGCGUUACAAAAAAGCGUAGUGCUGGCACUAUUCUAAAAAAUUAUUAUGAUUGUACCAAUAAUGGAGUGUACUAAUUAUUUAAUGAUUGCAAAUGAAUUUCUGUGGGAGAAUUAUUUUUCCAUGAAGAGAGUGCACGAAGCAAUAACUUGUGAUACUUACAUAAGAAAUAAUUUACAUUAAUCUUUUGUAAGCAAUUGUCAGUGCAAGAUGAAUGGAACCGGAUUCCAUUGUAUUAGCAAUUAUUACUUUUGAACUGUGUUGCAAUAAUAUUUUUAUUAAUCUUGCUAUUGUUGAGAUUGGCAAUGUUCCUCCUUUUGAAAUACUUUCUGCAAGUCAGUACUGUAGCAAUUAAUUGUCACAAGUUCAAUAUGCUUACUGUUGAAUCUCUCUUUUAACAAUGUAUUAACUUAUUCCCUUAACCUCAUUUUGAAAAUGCAGGUAUCAAAGGCAGUAAGCUAUAGAUGGAGACUUUUCAUUGUUUCUCACUGACAGUAGUGUCUGAAAUACUUUAGAUUCAUACGAAGUAGAAAUAGCAGUAGCAAAUGUGCUUUUUAUCGUAGAUCUUUUGUGCUUGCUUUUAGAAGCUCCUAAUUAAAAAGUUUUACUUAAACUAACCAUGUAGUAACAAUAGAUCACAUGCUAAAAAAUGUCUGAAUUGUUUGCUUGCAAAGAUUGUGUCAACAAUUUUGACUUUGAUAGCUUACAUGAUCAUCAGCAUCUUGCUCAAACUCUAAACUUCUUUCUGGUGGUCUUGAGCUUGUUCAAUUAUGUAAAUAUUUAAAUAUAAUUUUGCUUUCCCUCUGAUUUGUGUUUGGCUAUAUGUAUGUGCCUUCAAGCCAUUUGUGGUUCUAUCAUGAACCUCUCUUUCACCUGACUUUACUACAAGUGCUUCAUUUGAAACAUGAUGCACCAACAGCAGUACAGAGUAAAACCUUGUUUACUUGGUGCUUUUGGUGCAUGUCACCAAUUUUGAAUGUCAUAAAUCCUGUGUUAAAUGACUAAAAAUCAAAUUUGCACUUCACUGUCUUUGUAUAUCAAAUAUCUCCAUUAGUAGUUUAUUUAUGCACUAUUGGCUUGGAGAAUAUUUUUGAUAAAUUUUAUGUUUGUACUUUUGAAGGAAGUAGGCAGUGAAUCUUCUAAAACACAAUAAAUGCACAGCUGUUAUUUUUAUUUUAUAGUAAUAUCAUUGCCGCAGGUAGAAACUUUGCAGCUUAAUAAAAGACAUGGUAUCCAUGUUAAUAUUUUCAUGCAAGAAACAUGUACUUGAAAUAGAAUGUCAAGUAUGUAUGUACAUUUCAGGCCCUACAGCUCUUACUUGCUGAGCUAACAUGUGUUCAUUGCUCUAUUCUAUUCGUGGCCAAAUGGCAGGUAUUUCAGAGAUAUUUGUGUUUUUUGAAAGUUGUUUGUAAGGCUUCUCAACAAAUACAAUGAGAUUUGUGAAAUCUAUUUGGGUAUGGCUGUGAUCCUCCUUCUAAGAGUACAAUUAAUUAUAAUGAAAUAUAUAAUGUGUGUGUUACAGAAGUUCCCUUUGUAGUAAUGUUUGAUAUCAAGGAAUUUUUGGUCAGAAAGAUUGAACUGGACCUAGACGAAACUAAUAAUUGUACAUGUAAACUAUAAACAGUAAUUCAUAUGAUAAAGGGUACAUUGUUAAAAUGAAGGGUAUUGGAAAAUGGGUAGUACAAGAGAUUUGUCCUUACCAACUGGAACACAGUAGAUUAGGAGAUUUCAGAAAUUAUGUCUAGAAAGUUGAUCUUGUUUUAUCACUUAAUUAAUUUUCAAAGACUGAAGACCCAACACCAAUAAUCAUAAAUUAAAUUAAUUUUUUUAAAGUUUAAAUAAAAGUAUUAUUAUAAAAAGAUCAAAAUAAAGAAAUUCUUUUUAAAACUGUGUGACUUCACAAAUUGAGCACUGGCUUAAAAAAUUGCAGCAGUGGAGUAGGUUAAAUUCUUGAAAUACUCAAAUAUUUAAUAAGUUAUGUAUUGAAGUUUUCAAAGGCAAAGUUGCCUCUUAUUGACCUUGUAGAAUUUCACUUCAUCAGUUUGUACUACAAUUUUCUCAAUACCCCUGUAGUGUGUGUGGGUAUUGAAAAAUAAGUUUUUAACAUCAUUAAAAUAUUAAAAUGCACUGACUAAAUACUUUUUUGGUGAUGGCUAUUUUGCAUAGAAUAACAGCAUUCUCAGGAGUAUUAUUUUUGUGAUAAUGUGAUUAGAGUAAUGCCAUUUUUCAGUAUUAGAUUCUGAAGUAUUAAACACAGUGACUAGUCUUUCUGCUGUCUCUUAUUUUUAAUAUUUUUUGUUAUGACAAAUAAGGCAUUUUAUGAAAAUAACUUCUUUAACUUAUUUAAAAUUUGCUGAGUUCAAUACUUAUUUAUGCUUUUAUAGCCUUUUUUGUAGGGCUACACCAAGCAAGGGCACUUUUUUUUGCCUGGAAAACGUUUUUGCAUCUGCAUUAAAUUUUGAAACAUCUCUCUUAGGUCCAGAACAAAUACUUUGUUUGUACUAAGUAGUGUCAGUUUUAGCUUAUUUUAUUUUUAAGUACAUUGAAUUGUGAAAUUAUGUAGAUACAAAUGGGACAAAAUAAAUAUAUAAUAUGCUUAAAACCUUGUAACUUGGUACCUAUGUGAAUAUUCUGUUUUUAUACAAAUGUAAUUUUAUUUGCACUUGUAAAUAUAUUGUAAUCACACCUUUCAGAAUUUUCAGUUAAUAUGAUAUUCUUUAUUCUGAUAAGUGCACAUGUGUAUAUUCUUACUCCCUUUUAUUUCUCUUUUAGUUCUUACUUCCUCACAUACUACUUACUAGUAUAAAAUUAUGUAAACUUGCAGCAAAAAGUGAUUUUUCAACAGCAAAAUCUGUAUUUUAGGUCCAUGACACCAAAAAAAGUAUAAUUCUUUUACAUAGUAAUUUACUCCAUCUAAAAUAUUGUGUUGUCAGUCUGCAUUUUGUGUGCCCUAAAAACAAAUAAAUUGGGUUACUG